CAAAACCGAGCAAGCUCUCCUCCUCCUCCUCUCGCCCUUCGACAACGCACCAUAGUUUAAGCUCAAGCUAGACGAAGAUGGCGAUAGAUAUGAGGUCUCGCGGCGUCUCUUCUUCUUCUUCUUCGACGACGACGCGAGCUGCUGCGCUCGCCCUGCUUCUCCUGCUCGUCCUCUGCUUCUUCUCCUCCUUCCGCUGCCUGGCUGCUCGCCCCCUGCCUGCCGCUACUGCUGCAGCGCCUCGUUCACAGCAAGAGAGAAACGACGGCGUCAAUGGCGAGGUGGUCGCCGUCGCCGAUGGACGCCUUCUGCUCCGGGAGGAUCUCACCGGCAAUGGCGAUGAGGUCUCCGAGUUGAUGGAAGCAGCAGCAGUGGGCGAGGCGGCGGAGGCGUGCGAGGAAGGGCACGACGAGGAGUGCGUGCAGAGGAGGCUGCUCCGCGACGCGCACCUCGACUACAUCUACACGCAGCACAAGAACAAGCCAUGACCACGAUCGAUCGAACGACGCAUUUUCCAGAAAUUGAUACAAGCAAGAUCGAUCAAGAUCGAGAUAACCAAUAUAUGAAACUGCUAUCCUCUCUCUAUAGAUAUGUAUAUCUGUCUACCUCUUGCAUGUUGUUUUCACUGCAUCAAUCGAUCGAUCGGUGGUCGAUCAUGCCAGGAUGUAUCACUGUUCGAUCGAUCGAUUGGUCUGUGUGUGUCCAUCAAUCACUGCCCGUCCUGUACAUCGAUCUCUGAUAGCUACUAGCAUGCAUCGUUUUCUCUUCCAGGUGUUCCUGAUCGAUGAGAGUGUGAUCAGUACUAAUGGUAUUUUGGAUUUUGGUUUGGCAUGGGGGUGAUGAGAUUAAUUAAACUAUAUAUGGUAAAAAUAUGACGCAUAAUUACCUAAUGUCUUCUCUGUGCUUGAUAUUCUUGGUUUGGCACAAAUAAUUUAACGCAAACUUACGUUGCUGCCGCAUGUAUGUCUGUCU